AUGAGUAGCGCCGACGUAAUCGAUGCCCUGUUCGAACGCACAGUCGAUAUUGCGCAGAGUUUACCCAAGACCGGGCCGAUUCAGACGAGCUACGAGGAAAAGCUUGCUCUGUACAGUCUCUACAAGCAAGCGACCGAAGGAGAUGUCCAAGGCAAGCGUCCCGGGCUGCUGGAUAUGCUUGGCCGCGCUAAGUGGGAUGCGUGGGCCAAGCGGAGAGGAUUGACAUCCCGCGAUGCCAAACAACUCUACGUAGAAAAUAUGCUUAGGACGCUGCGACGAUUUCGAGAUCGGCCUCAAGCUAUGGAGCUGAUAGAGGAACUGGAGAACUACAGCGGUGAUGUCGCUGAGCGGGUGAUGAGCGGAGCACUUGCAGAGUCUUACACCGACUCGGGCUCGUCUGCUGGGGGGUCUCCGCGGCUACGACGGCGAGCACCUGUGCAAGAUUCCGAGGAAGAGGAAUCGAUCAUCUCGGAACCGGCUGCUGCCUCUCUGCAGCACGCAGCGCCCUCCCUGCCGCCGUCAUACAUUACCGGUCCGGGGGGACUGCCACCGCAGUCGAGCUCCAGCAGUCGACGCACACAGCUCGGAGGCCGCGCAGGGGAGCACCCGCCGCCGUCUGUCACACUGACGCGAGCGAGGAGCUUUCCGCAAGCGCCAACGUCCGUCGAAAAUGCCAGUGCGGCGGCGGCUGAGCAAGCAGGCGCGUCCGAGCUGGCGAGCGAGGAUGAGGACUAUGCGCGCCCUGGCGAGCUGCCUGGCCCCAGCCAGCACGGGAGAGGGCGAAGGCAACGAAGCCGAGCCAGUUAUACUGCUGUGCAGCCCGGCGGAGGGCGUUCAUCGUGGCAGCAGCAGUAUCCUCAUCCAUACUCCAGCGCCGCCGCGCACGAAAGCCGCUUGUACGCUCUCCCUCCUUCAAGCUCAAAAUACCCAUCUGCUCCACCGAGCGAAUCAGCAGCCGGUGCGGCUGCGGGAGGGUUCAGCGGUAGCGUCGUCGGACAGCACCUGUACAACACUGCUCCUCCCGCAACUUCUUCGCAAGCGGGCAGGCCAGGCGCCGGCCCCUCAGGCGGGGGCAUCCAUCACUACUAUCACCACCGUCCUUCGGACUCCGGCGUGGGACCGGCAGGCAGCGUGCGAGGGCCGUAUGCUCCUUCCUCGGUCGGUGGUCGCUCAGGUGGCGGGGGUGGAGGCGCGGGUCGGGGGAGUGUUGUAGCUGGUGCCAUUGGCAGAGGAGCUGGUUCUGUCUCUGGUGCCGGCGGCCCAUCGCGCAGUCAGCAAGUUGACCAGGCACUGCAGAAUAUCCAGGCAUCUCUUGCUGCGCUGCAUGAGCGACUGAAUCGCGUCGAAUCAAGGCGGGGCUGGUCGGCCUUCCUCACCGACGCAGGUGGCACAGGUGGCGGCAGCAGAGGUAGUCGACGACGAGCGCUGCACAGCGUCUACGAAGCAGUCGCUAAUGCCGCACAUGACAUUGCGGUCCUGCUCGGCCUACGCAACCCGUAUGCGAGCAACGUAUCAAGCGGCGUGGCACUCGCUCCGUCCUACCUGGCUCAAAGCGGCGGCAGUGGUGGUGGCAGCGGCGAUGCGCGAAGCAGGGCACGAAACGAUCUGUUCAGCGCGCCGCUGCGCCUGGCUAUCGCGCUGCUCAACCUCUUUGUGCGCCUGGCGCUCGACGCAAUGAGCCUCGCUCUGAUUAUGAGCGCCCUGCUGCUCAUCGUACGCCGGAUUACCGGCAGAGGCGACCCGCUCAUCAUCUUGCGCCUCAUCAGGAGGUGGACCGGCAUCAGACCCGGUGUCAUCAUUAGUGGCGCUGCGGCUGCGGCGACGACCAGGGUCAAUGGUGGAAAUUCAGCUGGUGCCCAAGGUGCUGCGGUAGUUAUAAGGAAUCGGACGUAG